UCGAAGAAAUUGUGGAAAAAUUUGUGUGGCCUGUAAUCGAGUAUAGGUUAUUUGGAAUGUCUGCAAAAUUUAUUAAAUUGAAUGCGUAAAUAAUUUUCGUGAAACCCGAAAAUUGAAGAAUUUUCCCCAUCGGUGGUGCAAAUUGCAAUUUUGGUGUACCAAAAAAGUAAAGGACGGGAAAACGAAGGCAGUGAAAAAAUCGUACCGCGGUGGAAAAGUUGGAAAAGAACCUAAAUAAUUAUUUUUUGCUACACCAACACAACAAUUUUAUAUUCUUUUCAAAAAACUAAAAAACUUAUCGCACAAUUUGUUUAAAGAAGCACAAAUAAGAAUUCACCCCCCUUGAGGAGGGCAAGAACGAUCAAACUUAAACGGAACUAAAGGGAAAAUAUAUUGAAAAGAGGCAAGCAGGAAGUAUAUAUACAUAUAUGCAUGCAUAUAUAUAUAUAUAUAUAUAUAUAUAUAUAUAUACACACUUGAUUGAACAGCGGAAAACAGUGUAGAAGAUAUCCAGACAACGUUAAAGAAAAAAGCAGAUUUGUAUCAGAUUUUCGAAUUAUUACUUUUCCGCAGAACUGCAAAAAUACGUUAAGCUUCCAGGAAAUUAGAAAAUUUCUUGCGAUUAGAAAAGUGUGGACAAGUUUUCAAAAGCUUUUGUGAAAGAUAAAAGCAGCAGAUAUAGGGAUUUUCAACUCUAAUCAACAGCGCAUAUUAAUAGUAAUUUCCCUGGAAUUGCAACAUUUGUAGAUACAUUCGCCCACAAUGAAUGAGCUGGAUAGUCUGAGACAAGAAGCUGAGUCACUUAAGAAUGCGAUACGCGAUGCCCGCAAGGCGGCCUGCGACACAAGUUUGGUACAGGCAGCCGCCUCACUAGAGCCGAUCGGUCGUAUACAAAUGCGGACAAGACGAACAUUGCGCGGUCAUUUGGCAAAAAUUUAUGCCAUGCAUUGGGGUAAUGAUUCUCGUAAUUUAGUAUCAGCUUCUCAGGAUGGCAAAUUAAUCGUUUGGGACUCGCACACCACUAAUAAAGUGCAUGCCAUACCGUUGCGUUCAUCGUGGGUAAUGACGUGCGCAUACGCUCCGUCAGGCAGUUACGUCGCGUGCGGUGGCCUGGAUAACAUGUGUUCAAUUUAUAAUCUGAAGACCCGCGAAGGGAAUGUGCGCGUUUCCCGCGAGCUACCUGGGCAUGGUGGCUAUUUGUCAUGCUGCCGUUUUCUAGACGAUAAUCAAAUCGUUACUAGCUCUGGCGAUAUGACCUGUGGAUUAUGGGACAUAGAGACGGGCCAGCAAGUAACCUCCUUCCUGGGACAUACAGGUGAUGUCAUGGCGCUAUCUUUAGCACCUGGGUGUCAGACCUUUGUUUCUGGAGCAUGCGAUGCAUCAGCUAAACUAUGGGACAUCCGAGAAGGCGUAUGCAAACAGACUUUCCCUGGUCACGAGUCUGAUAUAAAUGCGGUGACAUUUUUCCCUAACGGCCAAGCUUUUGCCACCGGUUCAGAUGACGCAACAUGUCGUUUAUUUGAUAUACGUGCCGAUCAGGAACUAGCAAUGUACUCACAUGAUAAUAUUAUAUGCGGCAUUACAUCUGUAGCGUUUUCCAAGAGUGGCCGCUUAUUGCUUGCCGGCUAUGACGAUUUUAAUUGCAAUGUUUGGGACACAAUGAAAGCGGAACGCUCCGGUAUAUUGGCCGGACAUGACAAUCGUGUUUCUUGUCUGGGUGUCACUGAAAAUGGCAUGGCUGUGGCAACGGGUUCGUGGGACUCCUUCUUACGUGUGUGGAACUAAGCAAAACCGAGUAGCCACUCUCUCCUUUAUAUCUAUCCGACUUAAGUGAAUAGAAAACAGAAAAAAAAAAACAAGCCUCAGUACUAUUACAUACAAAAAACAUGAUGUGCUUAUAGCGAUGCAGACGAGUGGAUGCAAAUAUACGGAUAACUGCGAGGCCCAUGUUGUGUUUUCGGAUUUUUUGUUUUUAUAUUUUCUUUGUUGGCUUAGUUAUUUGUUUUUUAUGUUCCAUAAAGUGGCGAAGUGGUAUUUCCCACUUAUUUUAUUUUUUUAUAAUUUCUUUACUUUAAGUCGCCUAUCGCAAGCAUCCAUUCAUAUACUCAUCUACCGUCUGCUGCUGAACGUCAAAAAAGUCAACAUAACACUCAACACGCACAAAAACACAC